AUGGGGGCAAUCUUGAGCCGUUCCUCUGCUGCCACUACAGAGUCGAAUCCAACGACACCAUCACCACCCAAAUCUUCUUCCAACAAGAAACGUUCUCAAAUCACUAAUUUUUCAUCCCGAGUAUCAAGUGGCAAAGCUCAAUCGGAACCCAAUCGAACCAGUGUUCGAAAAAAGUAUCCUCAUCAUGGUGAUGAAUCGAAAGAUUUAGAAUCCAUGUGUGCCGUUAAGAGAACACUUUCUGAUCUUUCUUCAUCUCCUUCUUCCGCUCGACCUUCACAAACCAGCCAAAACAACAACAAGGAUCAACUUGACAACAAGAGGAAACAUCAACACACAUUAAGAAUGUCUCUUCAAAUUGAAAUUGGAUCUUGUUCAACACCAUAUCAAAAAGAAAUGUCAUUUACUGACCAAAGUGUAAAAUCUCAAGAUGCUGCUUCUGCUGAGGAUUCAAGUAACAGUGAUGAAAGUUGUUCAUCCGGUUCCAAUUUGAAUCAAAAGGAGGAACCAUCUUCCAAAUGGUGCAAUCAUAACAAGGAAGGUGAUGAGUCAUCUCCAAGCUAUACAUGUGACAGUGAUGUGGAUUCCAUCGAAGAAGCUUAUCAAAGCAUACUCAAGACUUCAACAUUGGGUAAAACAGCUAAUGAGAUUUUACAAAAGAAAACCUUAAAUGGAGCUAUUUCAAUCAACAAGCCAUCAAAAACGACAAUGAGUCACAAAAAACGAGAGCUUUCACAAAAAACCAUCACAGUGUCGUCUCAAAGCGUCAUUAAGAGUGUCGUGACACAUCGAGGAGUUUUGAAAGAGCAAAAUCUACCAGAUGCAUUGAAAAGAAGAGCAGAAACGACUGGUUUCCAUGAUGACCAAUCAAAUCUUGUGGUUUCUCAUAUUCAAACCCAUCCAAAACAAUCAACAAAGUCAGAGAAUGCAGUACUUUCAUCCUCCUCCUCCUCAACCACCUUUCCUUCUUCAUCCAUGACAGAAAAUCAUCACCACAACUCCCAACCAUUCUCCCUUUCUGUCUCUUCUACUGCAACGAACAAUAAUCAGUUGCUUCUUCAUAAUCCUGCCUCUCCCUUUCCUCUCACUCCAAAAUCGAAUCAACCCUUGCCAGUGACAGCUUUCAUUGACAACACUUUCAAUGAUGAAAAUAAUUCUGGACAAGUGUGUGUUGGCUCGGACACAAUUUCGAAAACUCUCGCAACAUCUUCUUUAACCACUCCAAAUGGAAUUGUACUCACUCCAUUGAGACGCAGAAAGCAAGUGUUCAAGGAAGAAGUUCAAAUAGACGUCACUGCUCCUUUGAUUCAAGUACUAAGUCCAGAUGAACAACAAAUUGCUGUUCAGAAUAAGCCUCACCUCAAAUGGGCAGAACAGAAGAAACGAAAUAUGAUCAAAAAUAAGAGUCAAUCUAAGUUGGUGUGUGAUGGUGAAAUGUUAGGAAUCAAUAAGGCUCAAAAAAAGAAGGUGAAAAUACGAACGGCUGACGACCAAGAAAUUCUACUCAUCAAAUAA